AUGAGAUACGUAACCGCCGCAGGAGUCGCGGCGAGCCUGGCCGGCGCCCUGGCCCAGCAGGUCGCCGCCGCCGCCGCCGGCCCCGCGAGCAGCAGCAGCAGCAGCAGCAGCAGCUUCGACUGGGACCGGUUGCCCCCGUCGACCGUGCUCUCCUACCGCCCGUGCUACGACGGCUACGAGUGCGCGCGCCUCACCGCGCCCAUGGACUGGCUCAACGCCACCUCGGACCCGCGCGUCGUCGUCCUCGCCCUCAUCCGGCUCCCCGCCGUCGUCCCCGCCUCGGACCCGACCUUUGGCGGCACCGUCAUCACCAACCCGGGCGGGCCCGGCGGCUCCCGGCUCCGCGAGACGCUGGACGUGCCCGGCCGCCGCCACUACGAGAUCCUCUCGUUCGACCCGCGCGGCGUCGGCAGCAGCUGGCCGCGCGCCGACUGCCUGCCCGGGGACGACCUCGCGCGCGACGCGUUCGCGUACGAGGAGCGCGGCGUCGGCGUCGUGGAAGGGGAUGCGGUGCCGCGCUUGCUGGGCUUGUAUAGGAGCUUCCUGGGGAGGUGCGCGGAGGGGGACAAGGAGGGCAAGCCGGGGGCGGAGAUUAUGGGGUACAUGAGCACGCCGAGCGUGGCAAGGGACAUGGUGCACAUCGUGGACAAGAUUGACGAGCAUCUCAAGGCCGAGGGGGUGAAUGUGCAGCAGGAAGAGGAAGGGGAGGCAGAUGGGGAGGAGGACCGUCUUGAGCUGCGUAAGAGAGGCCACGGCCACAAAAAGGACGCCCCGCGUCUGCAGUACGUCGGCUACUCCUACGGUACCGUCCUCGGUAACUACUUUGCCUCGCUCUUCCCCGAACGCGUCGGCCGUCUCAUCCUCGACGGCGUCGUCGAUGCCGAAGACUACUCCUCCGGACCCGGCUGGCUGACGAGCACCGUCGACGCCGACAACAUCACCUCCCACUUCUACAGCGGCUGCCACUCAGCCGGCCCCUCCGCGUGCCCCCUCGCGCAGCCCUCCGACACCUCCGGCGCCGCCAUCGAAGCCCGCGUCGAGUCCUUCAUCGCCUCCCUCGCCGACGCGCCCCUCCCCAUCACCAUCCCCAGCGGCUCCGGCUCCGGCUCCGGCGGUGGUGGGGGCUUCUCCGCGCUGACGCCCGCCGACGUGCGCGUCGCCGCCGCCAUCAGCAGCUACGCGCCCGGCCGCACUUUCCGGCCUCUCGCCUCCGCGCUCGCCGCGCUGCUCGCCGGCAACGCCACCUCCUUCGUCGCGCUUCUCGACAACAUGGGCGCCUUCCCGCACCUCCGCGACGCCUGCGCCGCGCCCCACCCCGGCGCGCCCGCCGUGCCGGUGAUGCAGCUGACCGUCAACGAGGCCAGCAUCGCCACGCGCUGCGCCGACGGCGAGGACGUUGCCGGGCGGGACCCGGACUGGUGGCGCGACUUCGUCACCGCCCAGCGCCGCGCCUCGCGCACGUUUGGCGGCUUCUGGAGCAAGAUCCGGCUCCCCUGCGCGGGCUUCCGCUUCCCGCGGCACUGGGCCUUCAAGGGGCCGUUCACCACGCCGCGCGCGGGCCGCGGGCGCGACCCGAAGAGGCCGGCGGCGCCGCUGCUGUUCCUGUCGAGCCGGCUGGAUCCGGUGACCCCGCUGAGGUCGGCGCGGCGGAUGGCGGCGAUGCACCCGGGCGCGGCGCUGGUGGUGCAGGAGUCGAUGGGCCACUGCGCGCUGGCGUCGGCGCGGAGCGAGUGCACGGCGCGCGUGGCGAGGGAGUACAUGCACACGGGCAAGGUGCCGAAGGCGCGCGAGACCGUCUGCGAGUCCGACUUUGACCCCUGGAAGGAGGAGAAGGAGGGCGAGGCGGAGGCGGCCUUGGUGAUUGACACGCCACGCUUCCUGUUUUGA